AUGUUGCUCCUUUCGCUUGCAUCCAAAAUCACCUUCUCAACGCCCAUCGGGACACUUUCGCCUCGCUUCUCGAACCACGCAUCUAAUGCCUUGAGCCCGGUCCACGCGUCUUCCGAGUCACCCACAGAAACCCGAUCGUAUCUAGGCCUCUGCGGCCUGUCCGCUGCUGUCAUCGGUGCGCUCGAGAGAUUCAUGGGCCAGAAUCAACAGCUUCCACGCCGUAUCGCAGAUUGA